AUGAAAUAGUUUAAAAAAUAAAAGAGUAAUUAGGAUAGACAAUAGGAUAAAUUCUGUAUUAAUGCUGCAGCACUAUAAGAUCAUUUAAGUAGAUAACUCUUUAAGUUACCUAAAAUAAAUUCUAAAUAAUUAUCUUUAGCUUAAAAAUUAGGAUUAGUACCAUCACCUCCAAAACCUUUAAAUUAAGAAGAAUGGGCUUAGAUUGAGGAACAAUCUUUAAAAAGGGAAGAUAUUUAAAAUUGUGUAUGUCCUAUUUGUUUAGAGAAAUUCAGAAUGCAAUAACAUGUAAUUUUGAGUUGUAGUCAUAUUUAUCAUUAAACCUGCUUAGAAAGUUUUGAGAGAGUCUCAUAAACAAAAUAAUGUCCUAUAUGUNAUGAUAUUUUGAUUAAGUAAUUACAUGUUGUUUAAAUUUAUUUAAUUUAUAUAAAUAAAUAAAUAUGA